CUCCCCAGCCACUGAGAUUAUAGGCAUUUGCCACCGUGCCUGCUUCUACCUCAUUUUUUAAAUGCUGGUCUUGAGGGGGUUUCUGAGCCUUGGCACUGUCCUUAGUUCACAGCAGACACUCCCUGUGGUGAGUGGUGUGGUUGCCACAGCUGCCCUGUUCUGCAACCUCAGCCUCCAUGGACUAGACACUAGUCACACUGACCCUACCCCCACCCUAAUAUAACAACCAAAAAUAUCUCCAGACAUUGUCAAGUGUCACCUGGGAGGCAAGAUCACCCUAGCUGGGCAGUGGGAGCCUUGGCCUAUUGACACCAAUGGGUCAGAAUUCAAGAGGUAGGAACAAAGACAGGCAGGGGAGGUUUGAAUGGUGGCCACCCUUAUCAUCUUGGCUCUUGACCAUGGGGACUGAGCUUGGGCCCUAACUUCCUCCUCAGUGAUAGCACAGAGCCCCAGAAUCUAAGUGAUGGGUCAUCUGGGAGAUGAGUAAAGAGCUGCAUGCUAGCUGCACCUGGCACAUGGUUGGUCUUUGGUAACAGAAAUCCUGAAAAUCCUAAGUCUCAACCCUUUGGAUUCUUGGAGGCAGUCUUGCUUAUGGUCCAGCUGGGAAGACACAUAUUUCUGUGAGAUUUCAACUGGGAUUUAGUGCUGUUCCUCAGAGGUACAGCUUCUGAUAAGCCAAACAAAAAAUGGCAAGAUAACCCUGAGAUUAGCAGUGGCUAGCAGCUGCCACCAUAGCCAAGCUGGAUGGGUCAAGGUCAGCAGGCUGGUGACCCCACAAAGAUGGAGUUGUGCUGGCCAGAGGCUGGACCCUACAAUAGAGAUGCUGUCCAAGGUGGUAGCUAUGGUAACCCUGGCACUUCUUUCAGUCUCCUACAGUGUCCCCCUUGGCCAGAUUCAUCUUGAGCUCCUGUGGUGCAAUGCUGUAAUGAAUGAUAAAGCAUCUGGUUUGCAGGGUCACUGAUACAGCUGACCACUUACUUCCAAGGCAUGACCCAGCUCUCUAGAGCGGUUUUCUUCAUGCCUGGCAUUGUUUUACUUUAAGCACCCACUGCUCAGGCCAGAGGAAGGCACAUUGGCUCUGGACCUCAUCAGCUGUCCUAGACACUUAAUUGCCUGAGGCCAACCCUUCCCCAGUGCAGAGCAGGGAAGAAGGUGGCAUUUGGAAGGGAGGUUGUCGGGUUUCAGCAGUGGAGGAUGGGCCCAUGUCAUAGCAUCUCACUCUUGAUAAAGAUUCAAGUCAAGGACCAAUGAGGUGAAUGUGGGCACGUCACUUUUGUGCCCACUGUGGGCAGGAGGACGUGUGCACUCUAUUCUCUCAUCACUUUACAGGAGGUCCCUAGGUUACUCCUUCUCUCUCUCAACUUGUUGCUUCCAUAAAUUUGAAACUUGGAUUUUCAGAAGACUUUUAUUUUGUAUUAAUUUUACAUUUUUUUAAAAAAUUGUAAAAAUAGGGCUGGGGUAUAGCUCAGGGGUACAGUGUAUGUAAGUUCCUGGGUUAGAUCUCCAGCACUGCAAAAACUAAAAUAAAGAAUUACAAAAAUAUACCCUUCACCCAGCUUCCCUGAAUGCCAGCAUCUUUUUCUCCACCAGCAUGUUUAACAGUGGACAAGCAAAACCCAGAAAUUAAUCUUGGAGUACCGCCGCCGUUAACCCAAGCGGCUGACCUUAUUCAGCUUUCAGCAGUGCUUCCGGUGCGUGGCUUCUGUUCCGGGAUGCAGUCGGAUCCCACGUUGCCGCGGUGGACGCUUCUCUCCAGUCUUCCCUGAUGGGGUCUUUCAAGUGUCCUGGCCAGUGGUUUGGUAGAACAGCCUCCAGAGGGGGCUGGUGUGAUUCUUUCGAGGGUGCAUUUGGGGCGGGCAUUUGAGUUCGCGGUGCUGAUAGGUCCCCAAGCUGGCGAGGAUGACCGUGGCCACUGAAGGGCGUCUGCUGGGCUUCUCCUUGCAGCUUCUUUUGGGAAGAAAUCCAGCCUCUUCGGAGGUUGCACGGACAGAGCCCCUGGACUCCCAGGCUCCUGGUCAGGGAAGAGAAAGAGGAGACACCUAUUUGCCAGGGGUGGGAGUACUGAGUGUGGCCUGAGGGCCAGGCCAUUGGUCUCGAGAUGCCCCUGCCUGAGCCCAGUGAUCAGGAGGACGAGAGCGUGAAGGCUGGCCAGGAGCCUUCCCACGACGUGGGCACAGAUGUCAUCCCAGCAGCCCCCGGGAAACCCCAGGAAUUCUCCAAUCUGGUCCUGCUGAUGGCCUCUGACCAGGAUGGGGAUGGGGUGGACAAGCCCACAGAAGUGCACUGCAUUGUGUCCUUGGAGAUGUCUGGCCCUGAAACCCUAGCUAGCACCCUCCAGAUCCUUCCAGCCGAGGAGGAACAGGCCCUGGUAGUCCAGCCCAGCCUGAGGGCUCCUGAGCAGAAACGCAGCAAGCUGGACACAGCAGCUCCACAGCCCCUGGAGUUCCUGAGGACCCCAUUUGGGGGCCGCCUCCUGGUGUAUGAGUCGUUCCUGUACAAGCAGGAGAAAGCUGUGGGGGACAAAGUGUACUGGAAGUGCCGCCAGCAUGCAGGUCUGGGCUGCCGAGGCCGGGCUGUCACCCGAGGCCUACGGGCCACAGUGAUGCGAGACCACUGUCACCCACCUGACAAGGAAGCACUGGAGGCUCGGCGCCAGAGGGAGAAGCUGCCCAGCCCGGCCCUGCCAGAGGGCUUGGGGGACCCUCAGGGACCCCAGGGCCCUGUAGGCCAAGUGGAGGAGCCACUUGAGCGGGUGGGCCCAUGGCUGAACCCCGAGGAGCUGGUGCCCACACCUGGGCAGGUACAGAACAAGCCAGCCCAAGAGGAGAACGUGGGGUUCCGAGCCCUGUCACUGCUGAGCUUGCCACCCAAGAAGCGCCCAACGUUGGGGAUGGGCCAUUUCCGGCCCCUCGAGUUCCUGAGGACAUGCUAUGGGGGCAGCUUCCUGGUGCACCAGUCAUUCCUGUACAAGCGGGAGAAGGCUGUGGGGGACAAGGUAUACUGGACCUGCCGGGACCACACCCUACAUGGCUGCCGCAGUCGUGCCAUCACCCAGGGCCAACGGGUGACAGUGAUGCGGGGCCACUGUCACCAGCCCGACAUGGAGGGCUUACAGGCUCGGAGGCAGCAGGAGAAAGCCAUGGAGAAACUUCAGGCCAGGCCAGAUGGCCUUGAGGGCUGUGCGGACAAGCAGCUCCCAGGUGUGGACAGCCUGCUCUACCACAGGGGGCCGGGCACCCUGACUCUCACCAGGCCCCGGCCCAGAAAGAAAGCUAAAGUCAAAGAUCCGGAGCUGCCUGCCCAACCCCAAGCCCUGCAGGGAUCCCUUGAUGAGGACCAGGAUGCGGACCCUGGAGGUCCUGAGUUCCUGAGGACCCCUCUCGGGGGCAGCUUCCUGGUGUAUGAGUCCUUCCUCUACAGGCGGGAGAAGGCCGCUGGCGAGAAGGUGUACUGGACAUGCCGGGACCAGGCGCGCAUGGGCUGCCGCAGCCGGGCCAUCACCCAGGGCUCUCGGGUGACCGUGAUGCGAGGCCAUUGCCACCCACCCGACCUGGUGGGAUUGGAGACCCUGAGGCAGCGGGAGAAUCGCCCCAGCCCCACCCAGCGGGGGAGCACAGGAGGUCCUGAGUUCCUGAAGACACCUCUUGGGGGCACCUUCCUGGUGUACGACUCUUUCCUGUACAGACGCGAGAAGGCCGCUGGCGAGAAGGUGUACUGGACAUGCCGGGACCAGGCGCGCAUGGGCUGCCGCAGCCGGGCCAUCACCCAGGGCCAGCGGGUGAUGGUGAUGCGCAGGCACUGCCACCCACCCGACCUGGCGGGUCUGGAGUCCCUGCGACAGCGGGAGCACUUCCCCAACCUGACCCACUGGGAAGGCCCAGAGCCCCUGGAGCCCCUGGAGUUCCUGAGGACUUCCCUGGGGGGCAGGUUCCUGGUGUACGAGUCGUUCCUGUACAGGAAGGAGAAGGCCGCUGGCGAGAAGGUGUACUGGAUGUGCCGGGACCAGGCCCGGCUGGGCUGCCGCAGCCGGGCCAUCACCCAGGGCCAUCGGGUGAUGGUGAUGCGCAGCCACUGCCACCAGCCUGACCUGGUGGGCCUGGAGGCCCUGCGGCAGCGGGAGCGGCUCCCCAACCCAGCCCAGCAGGAGGACCCAGAAAAGAUAAAACUUCUGCCUGAAGUUCAACAGUGCUUCGAGACUUGUUCUUCUGAAGACCAGCAGAUUUGUGGGAACACUGAAGAUUUAAAGCCGGACAGCGAGUCCCAGUGAGGUGGAUCUCCACGGAGACAGAACAGGAGCCCUGUCAGAGGCUGCUGGCACCCAGAUGCUCCCUAUCCAUGCAGGCAUUUCCCAUCCACUCAGAUUUGCUUGACAAAAACUUGUCUCCCUCUUCUGAAGCAUGGAAGGCCUUCACACUUCCUCAGAGGCAUCCUGGGAAGGGGCACUUGUGUCAGCAGACAAGUGUCCAGAGGUGGGGCAGAGCAGGGCAGUGGCUGCGCCUGCCCCGGGGUUUAGGCUCCUCAGCUCUGGAGAAGCACCUCCAGAGGCCACGCCUGCCCUGCUGCUGCUCAUCUUCAGAGCCUGUGACUGUGCCAAGGACUUUCCAGCAGGGUGUGGCCCCCAUUUGAGUUCAAGAGAGUAAGGUGAAGUGGCCUUGAGCCAGAGCACGUGCGGGAAGUCCCAUUCCCUCCAGCUGAGCCACCCACCCUCCAAAGACCCAUGCAAGCCACACCAGGUCUUUCUGGAAGGCCUUCCUGGUCUUUGGCCAUCCGCUUCCCACUGGGGCAUGGCCCUCUAUAACCACUGCAGAGCAGGCCCCGCCAGGGCUCGCUGGCCUUCCUUCCUGUGCUCUUUUCCAGCUUGAAUUAAACCCAUGCUCAUGA